GGAAAGUGUGCGACGGUCCGAUUCACGCCAUACGAUGAUAAAUCCUCCAUUCUCAAAAUGAACCAUUCUGUGUAUAAAUACCGGGAGCUUCUCGACAUGUUUCCCCCAGAGCAUAAAUUACUUGUUUGUGAAUAACCUCCUGGAAUACCUCAUAUAACACCAGUCAGCAUCCUGUGACAGCUCUUAAAUCAAUAACAAUGUCUGUCCCUUCUCACCCGAAACUCGAAGGCUUUGAUAUCAUUCAGGCCACAUACAAGCAAAUUGGCGACCAUGCCAUUCGAGUGGACAUCCUGAUUCCUCAAACACCCUUUACCGGCAAACGCCCGACCCUGGUCCGCACCCACGGCGGCGCCCUGGUUGCAUGUGACUCCUUGUUCAUGGAUUUCUUCCCCCACUGGGCAGCGGACCUAGCCCUCAAGCACGGAGCCGUGAUCGUGAGCCCCAACUACCGGCUCAUGCCCGAGUCCACGAGCGCAGAGAUCUACGACGAUAUCGAUGACUUCUGGAAAUGGCUCCACUCCCCAGCUCUGACCGAAUUACUCGCAAACCACACCACGCCCACAGAGAUCGAUCUCACCCGCAUCCUCACGACUGGUGAUUCCGCAGGUGGCUUGCUAAGCCUCUAUCUCGCCCUGACCUAUCCAUCCCAGAUCCGUGCCUCUACAGCCGGUUACCCGUGGGCGAAUCCCAGCUCAGCAGGCUUUCAGGCGGCACGCACAAUCCUACCAUUCGGCGUACAUACGCCCGAAUCCGUCAUCGAUGACACCGUGGCUGCUGCGGCUUCUGGUUCGAUAGUGUCGUCGGAUACCUCACCUGCCCGGCUCGGCUUCAUGCUUGCGGCUGUUGAGCACGGCCGUUUGGCUGGCUUUUAUGAGCGUCAGACAGAGGAUUCCUCACGCCGAGAGUUGUUCUACCCUGCGAAGAAGCUGGAGGAACCGGGCUUGAGUAUCCCACGGGGAGGGAUUGCCAUUUGGCACGGGCGUCAAGAUACCGUGGUUCCUCUGGAGGACGUGGAGGAGUUUGUGGUGCGGCUGCUUGAGGCCACAAAGGGCCUGGAAAGCGGUGACAAGGUUGUACUGGCGUUACGGGAUGGGGACCAUGGGUUUGAUAUGGACUCUCGGUAUGAGGACGAGUGGUUGCAGAAGGCUCUUAAGUCGGCCGUGGAGGCUUGGCUGGAGUAAUCGGUUAUGGGAGGGAUGUAUAAGUAGGUGAUGUUCAUGAUGUACCGAUUAUUAUAAAUUAAUAUUUCUUUGCUCUGAUAAUGGUAUUUCAUUGGACUGAAGUCUCAUAUUUGUGCAAACCUGCUUGAUUCGCCGUGGCAGAAAUCUCCAGUUCAGUACUAUGGACAUGGACCUGACCCGUAUGACUUGGAUUGAGUAUAGAUCUCAUUCCAUCGCAAAAUACCCUAGGUUGUGUAAGCUCA